UUAGAUCGAUUCCCGCGCGGACAAUCGCCACAUCGCUCUGCGGGGAGUGGACAACGAGCGGCGAUUGCUUUUUAACCUUAUAUUAUGAGCUUGAUGAAUCAUUCGGCAAUGCAGCUUGAUAAGUCGUGCUCGAAGAGUGGCGCAGUGCGUAGUUACGCCUGCUGCCAGCUCGUAGCGUCGCCAUUGCCGACAAAUUUCGCGAAAGGACUAGGCAUACCACGUGGUUGCUACUGCUCUGUUACAUAGGAUGUACUGCAACGGUACUACUAAUACGUUAAAUGAAGUCGUUAUAGCGUCCUUUGCUAGGACGCCAAUCGGUUCAUUCCGAAGUGCCUUUGUCUCGGUGCCGGCGACGAGGCUUGGUUCCGUAGCGAUCAAAGGGGCGAUCGAGAGAGCAGGAAUCAAGAGUGAAGAUGUUCAGGAAGUCUUCAUGGGCAAUGUGAUCUCGGCUGGCGCCGGACAGGCACCGGCAAGGCAAGCAGCUUUGGGAGCAGGUCUCUCUCAGUCCACGCCAUGCACCACAGUUAACAAAGUCUGUGCAUCCGGUAUGAAGGCAAUAAUGCUGGCAGCCCAGAGCCUCAUGUGUGGAUCCCAGGAGAUAAUGGUUGCUGGUGGCAUGGAGAGCAUGUCUAAUGUUCCUUACUACUUGCACAGAGGGGAAACACCGUAUGGAGGGGUGCACCUUCAGGUGAGUGGUUGCACAUAUUAAAGCUGGGUAGUUUGUU